AAUAUUUUCCUAAUAUCCAAUAUAAACCUCCCUGCUGAUGUCUGAAAUUCUUUCCUAUUUAGUGCAUUUUCCAUAAACAUUACAGUCCUUCUUGCUGGCUUUUAAGAACUCCUUUUCUUUAAUAGGCCACAUGGAGGACCUCCUCUCCAAAUAAACAUUUUAGGACAUGCUUAGUCUUAAUCUUGAAAUAACACUUAGGAUUAGCCUUGGAGUGUAUUUAUCACACUCAGGUCCCUUUGGCAAGGGUAGCCAUUUCAUGGAUCAGAUUUCCCAUCAUUUCUACCUGCUCCAAGAGAACUCUCCCAGGCCUGGAGAAACUGCUCAGGGUUCACUCUGCUCAGGAGUGCUUCGUUGGGGGGUCUAAAACAAUGUUUUCUCCAGCCAGUGCUUGUCCAGGUACCAUUCCCGUAUCUUGCAUUGCUUUUGUAAACUUGCAGACUUUUGGCAUCCAGCUUUUCUCGUUCCAUGUGGAAUAUGCCUUAAUGGCAGGUGAGAUUUACUUGGCUAGACCUUUCUGUCCACGAGUGUGGACUUCCACAUGCCACAGCCAAGCCUUCUGAAAUUUGGGAGAGGGACUGUUAUUAACUUUCAUAUCCAUUUGUCCUGUAGCCUCUCACCCUGAACUCCCAUGGCCCCUCUUGAGCAAGAGCCACAUAUUCUGCUGCAUCAUUGCUUUUCAAAAAGAUGUUUAGCCUCGAGCCACUCACCUGUGAACUCUGAUGGCCUCUCUUGAGCACAAACUGUGAUUUCUGCUGUAUCACUGUUUUGCUAAAAAGAUGAAAGGUGGUUGGUUAAUGUGUUACCUAAACUUUGGUGACUCUGCUGCUCCACGUGCCAGCUGCUGAUUGCCAAUGAAGAGCAUUCUCUGAACUCCAGCCACCUUCCUGAGCAAAGGUUGGUCUUGCUUAUCAACAGUGCAACACAAUUCUUGUGAUAUAAGCUCUGUGGAGUGGCCAUAAAUUUGAUUCCCGAUUUGAAUCUGGCCCGGGACAGUUGAGUGCACAGUAGUGAGUCACUUGAAACAACCUUGACACAGCAAAGCCCCUCCACGAACAACUGCUUUUUCUGUUGAUUAUUCUGAAUAAUUUGAGAUAACUUAAAUGCAUAGAAAAGCAUAGGUGCCUUGAUAGCACUUUAAUCAAGGCUUUUAUCAGCAAUAAAACUCCAAUAACCUGUAUCAUUUUGUAGAGAUUAAUGAAACAUUAAAGUCCACCACUGUAUAAAUGAGGUACAAGGAGAUUUUUCUUCAUAUGCUACUGAACAACGUAGGGAGGAGCAGCUCUUUCUUUUCCUGCCCCAUGACAGUUAUGGGGAGGCACCAGGUACAUGCUGGGCUUGUGCUUUUCCUUGCUUUCUGGAGUCUGGCAAAUGGUGGGAAGCUCUUGGUAGUGCCUCAGGAUGGAAGUCACUGGCUGAGCAUGCGCAUGGUUCUGGAGAAACUCUGGGAGAAGGGGCACGAAAUCGUGGCUGUGGUUCCUGAUGCUGCCUUGUUCUUGAAAAGCUCCCAGUCCUUCACCAUCAAAACAUAUUCGGUGCCUUACAGCCAGGAGUUUGUGGACAAAUCCUACCAGGAGAUGGGGGAAAAGAGCUUUGAGCCCCUAAAGCUCUCCGUUGUACUCAGCAACAUCUCAGAGUUGACCAAUAUGUUCUCUUCUGCUUGUCGGCAUCUCUUGUCUAACAAAGAACUCAUGAAGUACCUCCAGGACAGCAAAUUCGAUGCCAUCAUGAUGGACCCUGUGCUGCCCUGUGGGCCAAUUCUGGCAGAGUAUCUCUCCCUCCCCUCUGUGUACUUCAUGCGUGGCCUUCCUUGUACCUUAGACUACAAAGCCACACAGGCUCCCAGCCCUGUAUCCUACGUGCCCAGGACUUUCUCAUCAGCUUCUGACCACAUGACAUUCCCAGAGCGCGUGAAGAAUUUCCUGAUCGGGCUCUCAGAGCCUUUGCUUUGCGACCUGUUUUAUUUGAAAUACAAGAACUUGGCUUCUGAGUUCCUGCAGAGGGAUGUAACAAUGCAGGAGCUGUUCAGCCAAGCAUCAGUUUUGCUGAUGAGAUAUGACUUUGUUUUUGAGUAUCCGCGCCCUAUCAUGCCCAACAUGGUCUAUAUUGGAGGCAUCAACUGUCAGCAAAAGCAGCCGCUCUCAAAGGAAUUUGAAGCCAUAGUGAACGCCUCUGGAGAACACGGCAUCGUUGUCUUCUCGCUGGGCUCCAUGGUGUCCGAGAUUCCUGAGAAGAAAGCCAUGGAAAUUGCAGAGGCCUUGGGAACAGUCCCUCAGACGGUCUUGUGGCGCUACACAGGCAAGACACCCUCCAACCUGCCCAAGAACGUGAAGCUCGUCAAGUGGCUGCCUCAGAACGACCUCCUGGCUCACCCCAAGACUCGUGCCUUUAUCACCCACGGAGGCUCCCAUGGAGUUUAUGAGGGAAUAUGCAAUGCAGUGCCCAUGGUGCUGAUGCCUCUGUUUGGGGACCAGAUGGACAACGCCAAGCGAGUGGAGUCCCGGGGAGCAGGGCUGACCCUGAACAUCCUGGAGAUGACUUCCAACGACAUUUCCAACGCCCUGAAAGCAGUGAUCAACGACAAAAAGUACAAGGAGAACAUCCAGCGCCUCUCCGAGCUGCACCUGGACAGACCCAUCCACCCUCUGGACCUGGCCGUGCACUGGGUGGAGUUUGUGAUGAGGCACAAGGGGGCCCCUCACCUGCGCCCCGCUGCCCACGACCUCAACUGGGUGCAGUACCACUCUCUGGACGUCAUCGCCUUCCUGGCGGCCGUCACGCUCCUCUCCCUCUUCAUCUCCUUCAAGUGCUGCCUCUGCCUCUGCCGCAGGUGCUUCUGCAAGAAGGGCAGGACGGGGAAGCCCGCCAAGGCCAAGUCCCACUAGCACCUGGGAACGGUGGUAGGGGACAAAGCUCCUGCUCCAGGGGUCGGGGAACAGCUCCAAUCUCGCUGCAAUGAAUAAAACACUACGAUUUUCAGUCAAGGAAUAAUAGGGAUCCUUUGGAAUAGCACCACAAGAAGGGUUGUUCCGCUGAUCUAAUUCUAAUUAAGAAUGGGCCUAAUUAAUUAAGAAUGUUAAAAAUGCCUUGUGCAGGAGUGCUGCAGUCACUUGGGAAAGGUCUGAGUGUGAAAUCCAAGGCCCCUGGCUCCCACCUGUCGGUGUGCAGAGGACUCUCAGUGACUUUUUCUUUUAACCUCUACCUGCAGCAGAGAUGUGUAGGGAUUUUGGAGGACAUAAGGUCAGAUUUCUGUUUGAAAUCUCUCUGUAGCUGUUGUUGUAGGAGAGGCAAAUGUUCUACACUCACAAAUCCCAUCAUGCAAACCAAGCUUGAUGCACAUUGUCAUGUGUGUUUACAAGACCCUUAACAAAAUCAAGGUUUCUGGCAGGAAAGCUGCUGGAAAAGCACUGGUGUUUCCCCCAAAUUCCCCAUCAGGCAGAUGUGCUGUACCUGGAGCUCACCUGCUGGUGAGAUCUUAGUAAGCAUUGCUUAUAAACCCCCACAACUGAUUUGCUCUUUGUAAGUGAUGCUCAGGGAAAGACCCCAAACCCCAGCCCUAUUAAUAAACUCCAAAUACUAAAAAUAAA